GCCCUUUCAGCGAUUGCAGCCUGCUCAUGCGGUUAUAAUACCCCAGCCUCCGCCAUCUCAUAUACCUUCCGUUUCUUGCUACUUUCCCUCUCUUUCCCCCUCGACGAACACCUGUUCGGACCCUUAUCGCAAGGCGCUGACCGUGCAUCAGCCAACGCGCAAAUAAGCCCUGCGGACAUCAGCGUGAGCCCGCCAUGUUGUCCCGUUACAUUUCCUCGUCCGCUCGCAGAACCGCUGUGCUUUGUCUUCUCGCCGCUGUAUUUCUCGCGUCUUCCGAUACCCUAGCCGCCGCGAGAGAUGUCAGCGUUCCUCGCCCAGCGGAUCCUUUUGCAGACCCCCGCCAUGACCCUUACAAUCCUUUGCGGUAUAUUGCCAGCAACACCCUGACUGCUAUCGCCUUCACUCUUGUGUUGGUGGUGGCGUUCAUCCAGUCGUUCAGUAUGUGGAAAUGGGGAGCGGUUUGGAUGUUGUCCAUGGUCAUCGGCGAGUACACAUGGGCAAUGGGCUUUGGUUGCAGGUUUGGUCUACAUUCGCACCCGGAAUCAAGAGGAAUCUACAUCGCGGAAUACCUGCUCAUCGUCUUAUCGCCUUGCGCCUUUAUUGCUGCCGAUUACGUGCUCCUGGGUCGACUUGCACGGUACCUCAAAUGCGAACAGCACUUGCUGAUCCCCCCGAACCGCAUCACGAUCUUCUUCGUCUGCUCCGACAUCGUUACCUUCUUAAUCCAGGCCGCUGGAGGUAGCAUAUCCAUCUCUAACAACCCUCAAACUGCCCUGACAGGAUCACACAUUUUCUUGGCCGGUCUUGCCGCGCAAUUCGUCUCCUUCCUAUUCUUCAGCCUACUAUACUGCGCCUUCCUCUGGAAGAUCUACCGCCACAACCCCGAAGUGUAUUCCCUCGACAAGGACAAGAAGUGGUACCAUGAUUGGCGCACGCUGGGCGUUGCCCUCUUUAUCAGCUGCAUCGGGAUUCUCAUCCGUUCGAUCUACCGUACGAUCGAGCUAUCAGAGGGCUACCAAGGCCACCUUGCGACGUCCGAGCCCUACUUCUACGGGCUCGACACGCUCCCGCUCUUCAUCGCCAUUACCGUGUACGUGCCCUUCUGGCCGGGGCGGUUCAUCCCGCCGCUCGCCCCGCCCGUCCGCAAGGAGCUCGUGGGCGACGAGCGUAGCUCCGCGGAGCAGCAGGAGAAGGACUCCGUGCAGGCAUAGACUAGACUAGGGGGUGGACAUGUUGCUAUCGUUAUUUUGAUGAUUGGAUUUGAUGACCUAGAUGUCGGACUGCGGGGAUGGUAUGAUACUGGUCAUAUAUUUGUCGUUCGUUAUAGUGGUUAUCUAGCAUAUAUCGAUGUAUACAUGCAUGCACAUUGACUUGUUGACUUGGAGAUAAUUCGGAGCAAUACAGUGAUGAAUUGCAGUAAUUCUGGCA